AUGUCUUCGCGAUAUCCUCCAUCAUCUGGGUUCAAUUCCCGUGACCGUUCUCCCCAGCGUUUUGGUGACCGUCGCCCUCCCGCUGGCCCUCGUGGUUCCGACGAUGCGAACUUGGCUCCAUUGGGCAGAGAGCCGCCGCGCGGCCCCAAGGCCCUGAUCGAUCAUUCCCGGGGAGCUCCCUUUGGUGGUCGCGGUCGAGGCUUUCCUGGUCGGGCUGAGUUCCGCGACCGCGACCGUGACCCUCGGGAUCGGGACAGGGAGCGAGACCGGGAUUUUCGAGAUCCUCGCGAUGGACCUCCGCCUUUUCGUCGAGAUAUUGACCGGGACUGGCCUCGACGCGAGCGAGACUUCGACCCUCGAGAUUCACGGAUCGGUUUUGGUCGUGGUCGCUCCCGUUCGCCGCCGCCUCCGCCGCGCGACUUCCGUGAUAUGAGAGAGCCAGUCGGGCGCGACCCGGAUAUUGUUCGAAUGCGGCGUGGCUCGCGAGAUAGCUUGGUAUCGGUUUCGUCGAAUGCACCGGAUGGCCCGGUCCUUGGUCCGAAUCAUCUCCCCCGUGGUGGCCCCAUGCGUGGCCGUGGUCGGGGAGAUUGGGAGGUCGGUCGUGGUCGCGGUCGGCUUCCGUACCUCGAUGAUCGGGACUCAUUUCGUCGGCGGAGUCGUUCGCGCGAUGGCAGGCGUGACUGGGAUCGUGACCGAGAACGCGACAGGGACCGCGACCGCGAAAGAGAAGUCAGAGAUCGAGUCUUGGACCGGGAGCGCGAUCGGGAACGAAUCGUUGACCGGGAUCGCGAACGGGAUAUUGACAGGCGCGACCGCGAAAGAGAACGGGACAUAAUCGACCGACGGGAUCGGUUCGAGCGUCGCGACGAUUUGGACAGACGGGCGGAUCGCGAUGAGCGGGACAGACCAGCAGAAGCAUGGAAAAGAGACCAACUUCCACCUCGAGCUGAUGCACGUCCUAUCUCCGGACCCCACCCCUUCGCGUCCCUGGGCCCUGUCCCUGCAGCCUCGGAUCGAUUACCAGACCAUCCGAUCGUUGAACCACCCCGUAAGCCUUCCAUGGCCGAAGCCCGUCGAGACUCGAUACGGCCUGAUUUGGCGGCUUCGCGCCCAGACUCGGUCAAAGAGCUACCCUCACUACUACCGACCAAGCGGUCUCCCCCUCCAGCGGCCCCUCAGGUACCAGCUUUUGGCUCAGUCACCGCGCCGAUCCCUGACCUGUCUGCGGAUAAAAUGGCCGUCGAUACAACUCCGGCCGAGCUUGCACCGUCAGUUGCAGAGAAGGAACGCAUUGAACUUCCGUCGCGUGCGCCCGUGCAGCCUCCCACGGGUCCGAAAGCAGAGCGCGCCUCCGUCCAACCACCACCAUCAGAACAAAGAUUUCGACGAGAGGAGGUACGCCGCGAUGAAGGCCCGGAGUCGAGCGAAAGGGAAAAUUCUAUCCCCCGUGCACCCAGAACCCACGCCAGCCCUUCUCUCCACGCGCGGAAGCAGACUCCAGAGCUCUCUCCACCCACUGCACCUGCGGCAAUGAUUGGCAAGGAAAUAAGUACCCCGCAUACAGAAGGGCCUUUGACCAGCAGGACAGGUAGUAUGGUCACUUCUCCUGAACUCAACAAGGCUCGCACCCCUUCGGUGGGUGCAACGUCACCCGGUGUGCACAUUCCUACAGGACCUCGCGCCCUGCAGCAACGACCAACGCCGACUCGAGGACCUCCAAAGGGUAAAGCGCAGUGGGCUCGCACUGGUUAUAAUCGUCACCCAGCCGGAGCUGGUGCAGCACCACCGCUGAAGCGGGAUUCCAUCGAUGGGAAAGAGCGAAGUCUGUCCAUCAGCGAAGAGCCCAAACGGGAACCACCAGCUCUAGCCGAUGACCAUGGUACCGAACUCGAGGCGGGCGAGAUUUUGCCCGACAAGGAGAUUGAACGCGACGCGCAGAUGUCCCCUGAACCUUCUAAAUCUGACGCAGUUCGCCAUGUCCCUUUUCCACGAGCGCCAGAAGCAGAUGUCGAGUCUGAGAAGAAGGUCACCCGGGAAGACAAACCCGCCAUACAGGAAGACGCGUUGAUACCAGACUUUGGCCGAUCAAGCGACGAUGAUGAGGACGAGAACGUGGUAUUCACGCAAGAGUACCUUGAGGAACGGAAACAGAUCUUCGAAAAGGACAUGAAAGCACUCCGCGCCGAAAUGCCUCCUCCACCCCUUGAAGAUCCGCAUAUCAUUUCACUCUUAAUGCAGAUCCAGCUCUUAGGAGCUCUUGCCAGCGAGCAGCCUGCCGGCGAAGCGGCUCUCCCCCCACUUCCUACGGUCGAAGUUCCCAAGGCGGCAGAUGAGGUAGAGGAAUCUGCACCGGUCGUGGUCAAGCAAGACGCUGACUUAGAAACUCCCGAGACGUCACCAAAGCUCGCUUUAGAUCUACUUCCCCCAGCGGAUAACAUUUCUGUCAAAGACUUGCCAUUCUUGCAGUCUGGUCCGCCUACACCAAUAUCGGACCUUGACAUUUACCAGGAAAAUGCAGCGAUACACGCUCGUAUGAAGGAUGCGUUCAGUCAAGAAUUGAUUAAGCGGAGGAAGGAGAUUGCACGGAAGAACGCGGAGCUUCGCGAGGAGUACUUGUCGUACUACAAGCCUUGGAGACUGCAAGUCUGGGAACUUGAUCGCGCGAAGGCUAGAGCCUCCACCACUCCUGCCCCUGCAACGCCUCCGGCUCCCCCUGCUGCACCAACGCCUCCCACCGCCGAGGGAAGACGAUACAAAGGUAACAGCGAGCUCGACUUUCAGAUGGCGCUCCGUGCGUCCGAAAUAUCUGCGCAGGAAGAACUGGAACGCCGUCGGGGAAACAAGGCUACGGCACAGCCAGACCUCGCCCGGGAAGCCGUCAUCCCAGACAUGCUCGAACCAAGGGAGGCAAAGGCGCAGAUUUACAAGGAUACCAACAACUCUGUCGACCCUGCGAACGCCAUGGAUGUCUUUGGCUUCCUACCUCCUCCCAACGACUUCACACCCGAGGAACACGAGAUAUUCACCGACGCCUUCAUGGCUUACCCCAAGAAGUGGGGCAAGAUCGCCGAGUCGCUGCCCGGACGGGAUUUCCAGCAGUGUAUCGUUCAUUAUUACCUGACAAAGGAAGAAAUCAAGUACAAGGCGAAGUUGAACAAGAGAUGGAGUCGUCGCGGUCGUGCUCGAAGAUCCGCUCGGCCAAAGUCCAACGCUCUCAUGAAGGAUCUCGGUGUCGUCAAACCCGAUUACGAUGGCGAAGAAGAGCCAGCCCCUGUCACAGACACUGGCCGUCCGCGCCGUGCCGCUGCGCCUACCUUUGGGGACUCCUCGGCUGCUGAUACCGAUACUAACGGUCGUCGCGGUGCUGGCAAGGACGGCGAGCCAGGAGAGAAACCCAGCAGACGAGGUGGUCGCACUGGGACAGGUACACGUGGCAAUCGACGAGGCAAAGCUGCUCAGCAGCAGCAACAGCAACAGCAACAGCAACAACAACAGCAACAACAACAGCAACAACAACAGCAACAGCAGCAGCAACAGCAGCAGCAACAGCAGCAGCAACAGCAGCAGCAGCAGACCCUGCCCCUACCCCAGCCUCCGACCGAGGUGUCAAAGGUACCGCAUCCAGGGCCGCCAGAGCAACCUAUGCAGACCUUGCCAGGGCCAGCAGUUACCGCUCCUGUUGUUCCCGCGCCUAAAACAGAGCCGCCUGAGACAUUCAUGGUUGGCGUGACUGAAGCACCUGUACGAAUCAAGGAAACGACCGAGAGAGAAAUCACCGAGGCACCGCCGCGAGCGAAGGCCGGAAGAGGUCGCCAGAGGGAAGGCAUGUACGUCUUCGAAUCAGCGGAACAAGAGAGUUUGGGAUCUGCCAGGCCCAUCGAGGGUGGCUACGGAUCGCUGCAGCCUACUAGCUACUGGUCUGUUCCCGAGCAGCGUGACUUUCCACAGCUGCUGGCCCACUUUGGCAGAGACUUCGAGGGCAUUUCGAAUUUUAUGAAGACGAAGACUACUGUUAUGGUCAAAAAUUACUUCCAAAGGCGCAUAGACUCGGGGCAGAAAGAUUUCGAAGACAUCGUCGCCGAUGCAGAGGCUAAAAAGGCUCGUGGUGAACGAACUGGUCCUCUGCCCGUGCCUAACUUUGCUUCGAAGCGACGUUAUGAAGCGACACCGUCGUCGAUCAUGCCGCGACCGCUGGCACCCCAUACUGACACCGUGACGGAGUCGGACGAGGCGCGUACCGCUAAGACCAAGCAUGCUGCCACACCCUCCCAGCUCGCGCCUUUGCAUGCGCGACCUCCUCCAGAGAAGGAGCGCACUGUCCCAAGGUACCCGCCCCUGGCACAAGCCAGCAACGUACCGAUGUCGACAGUGCCGAUGCUUGGUGAAGAUCCAUCUCGGGCGGUUCGAUCACAGGUGGGGCUUCCGCCGCGUCUGCAGGGGCCACGCCUAGGCUAUUUUACCGAGGAAAGACGGGAGGCUCCGGCAACCCUGGUAGCACAUGCAAAUGUCCGACCUCAAGAAACACCGCUCUCUGCACGCCAGACCCCUGUACCGGUAUCGGAAAUGGCCCGGAUGGAGCCACUUCACGCACAAAGUUUCCGGACCGCAAGUAUAGACAUGCAUGGGUCGCCGUUACUUGCGUCGCAGAGCUCGAUUCCUCCGUCGCAGCAGGCGUACAUGCAACAACAACAGCAGCAAUCCCAGCAUGCAUUCAUGACAGCUGCCACUCACUCCCGCCAAAGCAGCCUUACGAAACCGCCCGGUUCUCCUGCACAGCUUUUGCAGCGGCAGGAGGCGGAGGUACCGCCCAUUCGACGCGACUCCACCAGCCAACGGCCAUUUUACCCACUGCCCGGCCAGCAUGCUGGACUGUCGCAGCCGCCGAUUCUGUCCCCGCCCAAGGAACCGCCACGGCCCAGUUCGACUCCGCUGGAGCCCGCAGAGGCACCACGGCAGGUGCCUGCUAAACGGUCUAACAUUAUGAGCAUUCUGAAUGAUGAGCCGGAGGAGCCACAGCCUCGGAAGCGGUUUGCCAGCGACCAGGCCUCGUCCAACAUGCCCGGCAAGCCGGCGUCGCCGUCUCGUCCCAUCUACUCAGGGGCCCAUUCUCUGCCUCAACAGGCGCCGUCGCGUCAGGACGAGGCGUUCAUGGCAUCCGCUACCGCGCAGAAGCCUCUUUACCCCUCACACAGUCAGUACCUGCCGCCGUCGCGUGCUUACUCGGACUAUCAGGCCUACUCCACGGUGCCUGGAGGAUCCCCCGGCCCACCGGCGAACAACGACUGGAUGGCUCGGUUCGACCCGAGAGGCCAACAGCAGCAGCAGCAACAGCAGCAGCCUGGCCCUCCUCAGCCCCCGCAGCCUGGUAAUCGUCCGGCCACAACCUUGGCAGCGCAUCCGUCGUACUCUCCAUAUACCUCUGGGCAAUCCCAUCCUGCUUCCUCUCUUCCCAACCUCACCGCGCCAUCUCCGGCCCCUACACCGUCCCCGGCUCCGACUCAGCGUCCCUCGUAUCCCGGAUCUGUUUACACACAGUCGCCGUCCUCACUCACGCAGACAGCACCUAGUGGCACGCGCGAUCUGGGCUCGCAGAAUCAGAUUUUCCGGCCCGCAGUUGGAUCUCCCCCUUCACGCCACAACUCCAUCGGGUAUGGCUCACGACAGGGCCCGCCGACGCCCGUUCAAUCCCAAGCAAGUCUGCUUGGCCUUGGGUCUCGGCCGCCCGCGUCCAACGUGUCUGCCCCAGCCCCACCGAGUCAUAUGUCGGCUCACCAGACAUAUCAGCAGCAUGUGCAGACCAUGGUCAACGGAGCUCAUCAGCAGCAGUCGCAUCGCGGUCCGCUGGGCUUGGGUGGUGCUGGCUAUAGCCACAAUACACCCCAACCGCAAGCGCAGACUUCCCGUGCGACGGGGCUGCCAGGACCGCCGUCUCAAUCCGUAACCAUGGGCCGGUCGUAUACCCCGCCGGCGAUUCUACAGCCGAACCCGGCCGGCUACGGUCCUAGCGGUCCAUCGUCGGGUAUGCAUCAUCCUCUUCAGGCGCGGCCGUCCGGUCCUGGAUCUCUGGCUGAGCCUCAUUCCUCUGGCCACACUCCAGGACAUCAACGGGGUUACAGUCAAGGGUCAGGUGGAAUGCCACCACAGCAUGCGCCACGCUAG